AUUUUCGGUUCCAAGUGCCCACCCUACUCAUUUCUUGCUCUCGGUGUUAAUCCCAACGAACCCCCACGUAUAUUCUCCAAUAUACAAGUAGUCGCUACAGUGGCAAAUCCGAUAUUCCGUCAAAGUACGGAUCCGUUUUCGCAUCCCAAAUGGCGUCCGUAUAAAUACCGCAACGACCCACGUCAUCGUCCUCAGAGCUCCCUGGUCUGAGACAUAGCAGAGAGAGCGAGAGACGAGCCCUUGACAAGCAGGCUACCAAAACGGAGCGUUUCGCCUGGAAGAAAUGGGGAAUAGGAGGUUCGCGCAGGUCUCUACGAGCGACGACGAAGACGACGACGUCUCGCCGCGGAACCACCAGCAGACGGCGCGGGAGACGUCGUCGCGGAAGAGGAAGCAGGUGAAGAUUCGAGAAGGGGACGACGAAGAGUCGGAGGAGGAAGAGAAGCAGAAGAGUAAGAAGAGGAGGGGAGGGAAGGAGAAAGAGGCCGAAACAGCAUCUGGCAGCGAAGACGAGGAGGAGGAGCCACACAUUGAGGACGCGAAGCCGAUUGGCGAGGUGGUUAAGCUUUCCGGGAAGGGAAGGGGGCGGAGGCAGCACUACAAGGCGUUUGAGUACGACGGGAACCGAUUUGACCUGGAGGAUCCGGUUCUUCUAACUCCUGAGGAUACAAGACAAAAGCCUUAUGUGGCAAUUAUCAAGGAUAUAAGUAGGACUGGAGGUGGGAGCAUGAUGGUAUUAGGACAGUGGUUUUAUCGUCCUGAAGAGGCAGAGAAAAAAGCUGGGGGAAACUGGCAGUCAACUGAUACAAGGGAGUUGUUUUAUAGUUUCCAUCGUGAUGAGGUUCCUGCAGAAUCUGUAAUGCAUAAAUGUUUGGUGCAUUUUGUUCCAUUAAACAAACAGCUGCCAAGUCGUAAACAGCAUCCUGGCUUCAUUGUGCAAAAGGUGUAUGAUACCCAAGGGAAAAAACUCUGGAAGCUGACAGAUAGAGACUAUGAAGAGGAUAAGCAACAUGAGAUUGACUUGUUAGUUCAGAAAACUAUUAAACUAUUGGGAGAACUUCCUGAUAUAGAGAUUGCAGAUAACACUGGUUAUCAGGAUGAUCAUUUGAAGACUAAAAGUGGUCAAUUUAAAAAGAAUAUAUCACCCCUUGACGUUUCUAGGGUGGAAGAAGCAACUGCUAGGCCUGGCCAAAAUAAAAAAGCUGAAACACCUGGAAGCUGCUCAACAAGUAACCCAGAAUAUCAUUCCAUAUUAGCCAAGUCCAUGGCACUAACUGGAGACACGCUACGUGACAGAUGGAUGGAGAAACUUCUUCAAAAUAUUCGGCACCAUGUAUGCAACUCUGCUGACACCACGAAUGGUGUUGAAAAGAGAAAAUCUGAUUCUGAUGAUAUUGAUCAUGAAAGUGACCAUAAGUCCACAGAAGUUGGGAAUGGAUCUCAGGAUAAUCUCAAGAGUGGCAACACGUCUUUUCUCUGGCCAGAGGAUGCUGUUCGUGCAGUUACUUCUCUAGAGAAGGCCUCGCAUGAAUCUCUCUCCUCUGAUUUCCAAAAGUAUAACCAGAAGUUGCGGCAACUGGGAUUCAAUCUCCAGAAAAAUUCGUUCCUAGCCCGUCGUCUGCUAAAUCAAGAAUUGGAACCUUUAACAAUAGUGAACAUGUCACCUGAUGAGUUAAAGGAGGGAUGGAAGUAUGUAUGCCAGCAGCACGAGUGGACACAUGUCUCUUAUAUCUUUGGAUGUUGUCAUUUUUUUCCUUCCUUUCUUUUCAUGUCCAUGUAAGGUUUUUAUCAGAGAAAAGUUUGUUAAGGCUGUUCAACUGGUGGGGAGCAUUUGUCGAGGAAAGUGAAAGAUCAUGGAUAUGUUUGAUAUUUGGGUGUUUGGGUUGAAAUGGGUUAUUCAUAGAAAAUCUGUUGGUACUUUUAGCUUUAGAUCCAACUAGUCUUCACAGCAGAUAGCCAUAGAAAAAUUGGUGGUACUCUUAGCUUUUAGGUUCUGCAUGUUGAUUUGUUUGCUUUUAAAAUCAAGGAACUUCAAUUCCUUUUGUGGAAGCAAAAACAUGCUUAGUGAAGAAUUUGUCCAUAACAUCUAAAGAGGUCUAAUAUUUUCACGAGUGCUCCUAGUUUUUCAUUAAAGAUGACAAUUUCCUGGGACGAUUUGGUCAUCUGAAACAAACUUCUACUUGUUCAAGACAGAUAAAUUUAAUGAAAGGUGACCUAUUAUGGGCACAGAAAUUCAUGUAAACUAUUUCAUUUCUGUUGAAUUAAGGUGUGUUCGAGUUGGUUUUUCUUUUAUUUGGCGUAUUUUCGAUAAAGUUCAUAAGAUCUAAAGAGUAACUUUGUGGAUGUUUAUAUGUGGAAUGAAUACAUUAGUUUCAGGUGAAAGAUGUAGAGUCAAGAUUGCUUCAGCAAUUCUCUUGGUAUUUAUGCCUUAGAUGGGAGUCUGGGACUAGGCUUACUUGUUCACUUUUUCUCUCAUUUUGUAUGAAGGUCUCAGUUGAGAAUAGAAUAAAAUGCGUCUGUGCUUCCCUCUGCCCUGGGUUGAGUUUGGCCUCUUGACAUGAUACGUUUUGAGUAUCCAUGUAUGAUCAGACAAGAUGUAGUUGCAAUGGCCAACUCUUGGUGUACGCAAAAGGGAUAAUACUAUAAUUGCUCUUGCUUUCAUGGUUUUUA